AUGUCAAGACAUAGAGCUGUUAGAAACCUCGAUGUUGAUGAUAUUCUUGACGACGAAGACUAUGGAGAAGACUACGACGAAAACGACUUCAACGAGGACGAAUUGUCGAAUGAGGAUUUGGACAAAUUAGACGAAGGACUAGCUUAUGUCUAUAGUGUGAUUGGUGACGAUACAUUUUUGACAGCAAAAGAAAUUAGAGAGGCAUUAUGGGAAUUCUAUUUUGAUAAAGAAGAGACAGUCGAAUGGGCAUUAGAGAGAGCGAAGCAGCAAAAAUCCUCCUUUUUCCACUUGUUUUACGAUUUCUUUCAACUUUGCAUCACCAACCCACCUCGAACAAAUAUGGCUGAAAACAACAAGAGUACUUCACCUUCACUUGCAGCAUUGUCAAAAGCGCGUCAAAAUGCUUCGUCCAGCACAACAAAUAGUUUAACCCAAUUAAAGCAGAAAAUGGGCGCUCAAACUGAAUCACAAUCGCCCUCACUUGCAAGUCUUGCAGCGUCCAGUGCCGCAAAAAAGCCUUUGUCUUCAUUACAGGCCCUGGCACAGAGAUCUAGUACAGGCAAUACAACUCCUUCCCUCGUUUCACUUGCCAAAAAAUCGUCCACUUCCACGAAUAAAGCACCAAGGUUAGCUCACUUAACAUCGCGACCCCCAACAAUCCAGUCUGAUCCUUCCAAACUCUCGGCUUUGGCUGGUUUAGCUUCAAGUGUUAAAGAGUCACCAAAGAUUACAUUGUCUUACCCUAGCAAAUCAAUUUCUCUUGAACCAAGUACCAAAGAUAAGCUAACGACAGAGCCUGCUGAAAGACAAAGUGUAGUCAUCAAUGCUGAAGAGAACUAUUCCAACCCACUCUGCGGAAAACCAUCAUUCGCAGCGCAAUUUUUAUUUGCUCCUCAAGAGCCAAUUCCGUUUGACGCGCAAGCUGUCUUCCUUGAAGGGAAGAAGAGUGAAUCCAUUUCAGCCUUCAAAUUUGAUCAACCGAGCCCUGAUGAUAUUGUUUUAGCGGCCCAAAGCAAUUUUAGCGGAAAUGCGCGCAGCAAGAGAUCUUAA